AUGUCUACCCGCCUCCUCCUUAAUGCACUCAUAUCUGGCCGCCUGCGUCCUGGGCUCAAGCCUGGCCGCCUAACACUUAUCGUUCGCAAAGACCACACCAAAUGGGAGUGCACCCAGAAAGUUGGACAUAACGACCAAGGCGAGCCCCUUGAGUGCGGAGAGGUCAUGAAGAUGACGGAGCAAGUCUGUAAGAAAUGCUGGUGCAUUCGCAGAGUCGGCGCAGCCGCGCUGACUGAGGAUGAGAUGUAUCUUGGUAUGCUUGCUCGUAUCACGAAGGGAAUCAACGAGUGGUGGGAAUAUUAUCCGGAACUGCAGGAGAGCAAAGAAUGA